GUCACUAUCGAGUAAAUUCUCUCAUUUUGUGAGAAAUUGUAACAUAACAAUUCAAACACAUUUGCGUCUGUUUGAGGGAGUGAUAUAGAUUUUUUCCCCAGCCAUAAUGGUAUAAUCAUCAAUGUUAAAGUUUUUGACAGUGAUAGGAUCAGCAGCUUUGUCGCUCCGAGUCUCCGGGCAGGAGGAGCUUACCGUCGGUUAACCAUUAACCAAACAGCCCAGCAAAUAUGGCCAACCGAGCGGACCUGAGGACCCUCCGCACCCGGUCAUCAACCCCAGUCAACGCCUAAGAGUGAGGAUGACCAUGAUACUUCCAUGACCUCCUUUGGUGCUGCCGUCCGAGGCCUCCCCCUGGCCUUGACAUCCAUGACACAAACCACCACCUCAGACUCGCGCUUCCACCCUAAAUGGCGGGCGAUCACUGUGGCGACUCUGCUGGCCUUAGUGCUCAUGCUGUACCUGCACAGGACGGUCGGGGACAGAGACAGUACCACAGGAGGAUACUACCGCAACAGGGCUCCCAAUUUGCACAUUCACCAUGAUGGUGAGGAUGACCCCUUCAGGGACUCUAACAGACAAACUUCUCAAAGUCUGUCACGACACAAGAAACGGGAAAAACCUUACAAUGACACAUACCCGUUAAGUCCGCCGCAGAAGACAAGCAACGGUAUCCGCUAUCGCAUCGCUGUGAUUGCUGACCUGGACACAGCGUCGCGGAGUUCAAAGGAUCAGACGUGGAUCAGCUACAUGAAGAAAGGUUACCUGACGGUGUCGGACAGCGCAGACACACUACAGGUGGAGUGGGACGCAGACACUGUCACUCUGGAGAGUCAUCUAGCCGAGAAAGGACGAGGUAUGGAGCUGUCUGAGCUCGUGGCUUUUAAUGGUCACCUGUACAGUGUGGACGACCGAACCGGUGUGGUGUACAGAAUCGAGGGCAACAAGGCUGUCCCCUGGGUUAUUUUACCUGAUGGUGACGGCUCCGUCUCCAAAGGGUUCAAGGCUGAGUGGCUGGCAGUGAUGGAUGAGCACCUGUAUGUUGGUGGCCUGGGGAAAGAGUGGACCACCACCUCCGGGGCAGUCGUCAACAACCAUCCGGAGUGGGUGAAAGUUGUCGGUUACCAUGGUGAUGUGGAGCACGAAAACUGGGUGCCGCACUACAAUGCCCUGAGGAGCGCCACAGGGAUCCAACCACCAGGUUACCUUAUCCAUGAAUCAGCUGCGUGGAGCGAGCGUCUCCAGCGCUGGUUCUUCCUCCCUCGCCGUGCCAGUCAUGAACACUACGAGGAGACAGCGGACGAGCGACGUGCCACAAACCUUCUCCUGUCCUGCCCCGCAGAUUUCAGUCACAUAACCGUGAGGCAUGUCGGACCGCUCAACCCAACCCACGGCUUCUCCUCCUUUAAAUUUGUUCCAGACACUGACGAUCAGAUCAUUGUGGCGCUGAAAUCUGAGGAAGACGCCGGCACAAUAGCCACAUACAUCAUAGCGUUUACACUCGACGGUCGGGUGCUGAUGCCCGAGACAAAGAUAGGAGAUGUUAAGUACGAAGGGUUUGAGUUUAUUUGACAAAAUGUGGCUGACAGGGGCACAUGUUUUCAUGCAACAGGGUCGUAUCAAGUUUUAAAUGUUACAUUCCCCUUGGAGUUCUACUGUGCAAUGAUACCAGUAACCCAAAGUUAUACAUUUCAUAAUUAUAAAGUGUAAUGACUGAGAGGAGGAAGACAAGGUAGCAGGAGAGGAGAGUGACACAGCACCUCCAAACACCGACAAAUGACCAAUCCCGUUAGUUAGUGUGUGACUGGUUUGAGCAGCAUUGAAACAGAUAUGUUUUUAAUGUUUUGAGUCUAAAACCAAGUCACUUCAGGGCUUUUAGAUAGAUAUUUUUCUUAAACCUUUGUAUUGAAGAUGGAGGUUUGAUUACAAACUACUGUUGGAAAAAAAAAAAUAUGCAAACAAGUAUCUGUUGUUCACCAGGUGAUGUUGAUCUCCUCUCCUGCAGGCAAACUCUGCUGUGCAGACACUCAGGGGCAAAAAGUGAAACAGCUUUUUUAAAAGCGAGAGAAGAAUGUUGAAUAGGAAAAUUACUUGAACUAUAAGCUCAUGUUUUGCCUUACCUGUAAAGAAACACUGAAUAUUUGUUCAUUAGAUUUAUAUUCAUGUCACAGGUCCUCUCUUUUUUUCAUGCAUAUUCAACAUCUGCCUCACACACUACAGGUUUUUAGUUUCUCUGAGCAGGUCCACCUCAGGUGUUGGCUCAAAUAUUUAAUGAACUGUUACUCUAACCAGAGAAAUACCAGCUAUUUAAUUUAAAGAUUAACUGUCAUAUUGCUUUUGUAUCCUCUUAUAUGACAUAUAAUAAAAACAUCUACUUGUG